AUGACGUCAUCUGAUAUGGCCUAUUCACAAUUUCAUCUUCGCCAAUGUGUCAGCCAACUUCUUCGAUCGAGCCGUCGUUAUCCCGAUCAAUAUGACCUCUACUGCGAAUUGAACGAACAGUACAAUGAGAUACUCUUUGCAACUGAUGCCCUCGUCAAAUAUAUCUUGCAACUUAACGAAUGGAUUAUCGUCUCGAAUGAAGAUGACGAAAUUGAGUCCGAGGCAGAAGUUGAUGCUCAAAUUGGCGCGAUCGUGUAUCUAUCCCGAUAUGCAAGCCAACCUAUGGGUCAAACUCGGAAUCUGACCAUCAAUGCUUGCAGUCGAUUGAUCGCCCGGGUUCAGCAGGAUAUCAACAAUAUCAAGGUAUUUGCAAAAUUUUGUGUUCCCGGUCAAAUGAGGGUGAAGCCGACGGAAGCUACACAUGCUGCUCAUUUUCAAGGAGGACCAGAACCAAGUCGAAGCAAUGAAAAACCAACGGGUCGACUGCUCGCCGUCUCGGCAUUAUCAGUGCUUGGUGGUGGCUUCCAUUUUGGAUAUCAAAUGGCUAUCAUCAACCCGAUGGCUGGGGUUUUACAAGAAUUUUUAUCAAUUGGUUUUCAUAGCCGCUACGGUAUCCAAUUGGACAGUCCGCAAUUAUCAUGGGUCUGGUCGGCCACUGCUGGGCUGCUUUUCAUCGGUGCAGCAAUCGGGGCCGGGAUUGCGGCUACUGUAAUUGAUCGACGUGGUCCCGCAACGACACUGCUUUAUGCGGCUAUUUGGCUAAUGAUCGCCGGUCCGCUAUGUGGAAUCUCAUCAUUCCUCGAAUUCCCCGAAUUCUUCAUCCUCGGCCGAUUUCUGAGCGGCAUCGGAAUUGGUGUCGGCACAACGGCACAUGGCGUAUUUUUGGCCGAGAUCAGCCCCACCAAAUUCCGAGGCAUCAUCGGUUCCUUCGGUGGCUUCAGCACAAAUAUUGGUUAUAUCAUCGCCAGCGCCCUGGGAUUGCCAUUUGUUUUGGGUGAAAAAGCGCACUGGCCAGUGGCUUUUGUGCUUGAAAGCUUACCGUCGAUUGUCCUGAUUGUUGGAUCGAUCUCGAUAUUCCACGAAAGCCCCGUUUUCCUUUUAAAACAAAACCAUGAAGAAGCUGCUCGACAAAGCUUGGCUGCUUAUCAUGGGAAGCAAGAAAAAGAUGAGCUGGAGCGGUUGAGAUUUGAGCUGAAAGAACAUGCAAAAUCGGAGAACUGGGCCGAUUUCUUUCGGGACAGGGUAUCACGCAGGGCACUGCUUCUCUCUUGCCUUUUAAAUAUUGUGGUAGCAUUUAGUGGUAUUACUGCUGUUUCAUUUUUCGGGACAUUUUUGCUGCAGUCAAUCGGGUUUAGCGGAAUAUCGGGUACGGUUGGAGCUAUUGUGGCCACGAUUGGAAUCGAUAAGGUUGGCCGUCGUCUUCUCGUAAUUGGUUCUUUAAUAUCUCUAGCAAUUGUCGACACACUAAUGAUGCUAAUGGUCUUGUGGUUCAAUGCUACACACAACAAUCAACUAGGCUACGGGUUUUUGGCACUACUGGUUGUAUUCCUUUUCCUAUUCAGUGCGAGUAUCGGGCCAACUGCUUGGUUCAUCGGAGCUGAGAUGGCCCCGCCAAGCUCUCGCGCAAAAGUGCAAUCACUGUCGGUGCUUUGCCAAUACGCGUUCUGCUUCCUCUCCCCUCUUCUAUACUAUCCCCUAUCUACCGUAUCAUCUUCAUUAUCCUUUCUACUCUUUAUCGUCCCGCUUACAUCAGCGGCUAUAUUCUUCCACAAAUGGCUUCCGGAAACGAAGGGGAAGACGCCGGGUGAAAUUGCUGAAGCCUUGGCUACUGGUCGAGCUUUU